AUGCCUGGACGGGCCAGAGGACGAUCCAGAGGUCGGUCUCGAGGAAGUGGAACUCCUCAGGAAGAGCCUUCCAGAAGACCAGGGAAAGAACAAAAAAGCGCACCACCACCAUCAGUAGCUGCCCCUCCCCCUAGUGAGGCUAUGAGUAUAGUCAAUAACAGUAGGGGACAUUACUGUGGUGGAUUGACAACACCCAGACCAGGGGCAGGAGAUUUCGUGAGAGCUCCAGUGUUGGAGAUGACUCAGUUGAGAGUUGGAACCAGAGAUGCCAGACAAAUAGGAAGGAGAAGGGAGGAUUUUUAUUAUGCUGAUGUCCAUACCCGUCGAGCUCAUAACAUAGACAAAAAAGGAAGUUCUGGGAUGCCGAUACAACUUGUGGCCAACUUUUUUACUUUUGACUGUGAUGAAGAGUGGGCCCUUUACCAGUAUCACGUGGACUUCAACCCAGUGAUAGAGAGUCGUAAGAUGAGAGCAGGACUACUCUCAACACAUGCUGAGCUUCUGGGGCGAACCAGAAUGUUUGAUGGAAUGAUCUUGUAUUUGCCUCGAAGACUGCCACAAGAGACAACUAAGGUUUUCAGUCAAACAAAUCAUGGCGGUGAAAAUAUUCGCAUUACAAUCAAAUUGACUAACACCUUCAACAGUUCCAGUCCGCAGUUCUUGCAUUUUCUCAACGUAUUAUUAAAAAGAGCACUGCACCUGAUCAACAUGGAGCCAAUCGGUAGGAACUAUUAUAACAUGGAACUUUCUGUCGAAAUUCCUCAACACAAGUAAGUUAUUUUCUUUGAAUUAACCUUCGGCCAGGCUUACUAUAACUAUUUCCCAGAUACAUGGUCACUACAUGCAUAUAACAUAAAGAUUGGAGAUGAUCUUCAGCCGAUGUUAGUGAGCCGAGUUAAACUAACUGGCAUGAAGACCAAAAGUCUGGAAACACUCCUCCUUGUUCCAGAGUUAUGUUUUCUGACUGGCUUGUCAGAUGAUGUUAGGAGAGAUUUUACAGUGAUGAAAGAUGUUGCUUCCCACACCAGGAUUGCUCCAGAGGGCAGAUGCAAUACCUUGUCUGGCUUCAUGAAUCAGAUAAAUACAACACCAAAGGUUGUGGAAGAGCUGAGAGGAUGGAGACUUCGGUUCUCACAGAACCUUCUGCAGCUAGGAGGACGUGUCUUACCAAAGGAAGCCAUUUACCUGUCAAAUGCCCAGUGUAACUACAAUCAGGAGGAUGCUGAUUGGAGCAGAGAUCUUUGUGGCAAGGAAAUGAUAACAAGUGUAUCUCUAGUUAAUUGGGUAAUUUGUUAUACCAAGCGUGAUACAGGAAAAGCCUCAGAUCUGGUGAACACACUUAGUAAGGUGGGACCACCAAUGGGCAUGACGAUCAACUGCCCACAGCAAUGUUUGUGGAAUGACGAUAGCUUUUCUACUUUCCUGAACAAUUUAAAGAGAUAUGUAACAAGAGAAACUCAGCUAGUUCUGUGCAUCCUGCCCACCACAAGAAAGGAUCGGUAUGAUGCAAUCAAAAAGGCUUGCUGUGUUGACCAUCCAGUGCCUAGCCAGUGUGUGGUAGCCCGUACUCUGGCUAAGAAACAGAUGUUGAUGUCUGUGGCAACAAAGAUUGCCAUUCAGCUUAACUGUAAACUUGGUGGAGAGGUCUGGCGUCUUGACAUUCCUCUGAAGAAUUUGAUGGUUAUCGGUAUUGAUACGUACCAUGACUCGGCUAGAAAAGGCAGAUCUGUUGGAGGUGUGGUAUGUAGCAUUAACAGAUCCAUCACAAGGUUCUACUCCAGAUGUACCUUCCAGCACACUGCGCAGGAGCUCAACGAUGGACUCAAGAUCUGUGUUAGAGAUGCAUUGAGAAAAUAUCAUGAAGUGAAUGGCAUGUUGCCAGAAAAGAUCGUCAUCUUCAGAGACGGUGUUGGGGAUGGACAGCUCCCAGCCGUACAUGAACAUGAGGUGCCACAAGUUAUAGGUACAAUCAGGGAGUGUGCUGGAGAUGAUUACAAUUGCAAGGUUGCAGUUGUUGUAGUAAAGAAGAGGAUAAACAGUCGAUUCUUUGCAAAGGCUGGAGUAACAUUCACUAACCCAGUACCAGGAACAGUUAUUGAUACAGAGGUCACUAAACCAGAGUGGUUUGACUUCUUCCUGGUGUCACAGUCAGUGCGACAAGGAACAGUAACUCCUACACAUUUCAAUGUUAUCUUUGAUACAACUGGUCUAAAGCCUGACCACAUGCAGAGACUCACCUACAAGAUGACACAUCUCUACUACAACUGGCCGGGAACCAUACGUGUGCCAGCUCCAUGCCAAUAUGCACACAAGCUUGCCUUUCUCGUGGGACAGUCACUUCACAAGGAGCCUUCCUUAGACCUUGCUGAUCGUCUUUACUUCCUGUAA